AUGUCAACCCUCGAAGAAAAGAUCUCCCUCUUAUACAACUACUCCGCCUGUGAUGUCUCCGACGCCCUCCUCAAACUCCAACCCGUCCCUCCCAACACCCCACCCCGAGCAGGCUACAUCGCAGACCUAACCCCCUACUACCCACCCACACAAAAUCCAUCCUCCACCACACCCCCCAAACUAAUCGCCCCAGCCAGCACCCUCCAAUUCAUCCCCAAAUCCACCCCUACCCCCGCAACUUCCAAGGCAAUCCCCCCCUCAACGCAUUGGUCCGACCUGACCACGCCCUCCACCAUCCUCGUAAUCUCCCAACCGGCGAACCAGCACUGCGCCGUCGUCGGGGGCAUCAUGGCCCUGCGGAUGAAAGUCCGGGGCGUGCUUGGCGUGGUGGUGGACGGGAGAGUGCGCGAUCGCGCGGAGCUCAAGGCCUCCGGGCUGGGGAUCUGGGCGAGGGGAGGGUCGACGGUGGGGAGUGGGGCGGAGGCGAAGGCGGGGGAGAUGGGUGGGGAGGUGUGUGUUUCGGGGGUUGUUGUUAAAGAGGGAGACAUCAUCUUCUGCGACUACGAGGAAGGAGGAGUGGUGGCUAUACCUCGGGAGAUGCUGGAUCGGGUCCUCGAGGUGAUGCCGAAGUUGGUGGGUAUGGAUGACAAGGUUAAGGAGGCGGUGGAAGGGGGGAUGAGUGUUUUUGAGGCGUUUGGGAGGUUUAGGGGGAAGAUUUAG